AUGGUUAGACGAAGCAACUCAUCCAUAGAUAGAUAUAUAUCCAAAAUCAUGUCAUUAAGUCUUCGGGAUACAUGCAGUGAUACGAACUCAUUCAAUGGCGAAUACCUCAACUUGAGAAUAUCCUCUGUCUUUGUAAUUCUCGUAGCUUCAGCGUUGGGGGCUUUUCUUCCCCUUAUUGCAGCAUACAAUCCUUACCUUCAAUUCCCCGGAUGGUGUUUCUUUAUUACAAGGUACGUUGGCUCUGGAGUCAUUGUAGCUACCGGGUUCAUACAUCUUCUUGCCGAAGCGCAGCAGGCGCUUAGUGAUCCAUGUCUUGGAGGGGUGUUGUCAGAGUAUCCAUGGGCAGAAGGAAUUGCGUUAAUGGGGGUGUUUUUAAUGUUUUUUUUCGAUAUUGUAGCACAUAAGAAAGUUGCAGAAAGAUCUAGAGCUAAAGAGACAGAAGAUGAUAAUUAUUCAAUAGAAGAAUGUGAAGUUAAACAGUUCAAUAAAGUGGUUCAGAACAGUGACAACCUGGACCUGACGUCACUGGUUGGCGGAGAAUUUACAGAGAAGAAUAUGUAUGAACAAAUUCUAAAUGCCUUUGUACUAGAAUUUGGUAUAGUAUUCCAUUCAGUGUUUGUUGGACUUUCACUUGCAAUUGCUGGGAAUGAAUUUAUUUCAUUAUAUAUAGCAAUUGCAUUCCAUCAGAUGCUUGAAGGGCUCGGUCUAGGCACUCGGUUUGCCAUGACUAAAUGGCCCCAAGAUAGACAAUGGGUCCCUUGGGUUUUGGCAUUGUGCUAUAGUUUAACUACACCAGUUGCUAUUGCAGUGGGGCUCGGAAUUAGACAUACAUACCCACCAGGGUCUAGAACUGCUUUGAUAACCACAGGGGUCUUUGAUGCGCUAUGUGGAGGUGUUUUAAUAUAUAAUAGUCUUGUAGAACUCAUGGCUUAUGAUUUCAUGUAUUCUUCACAGUUUAAAGAUGAUGUAUCCAUGAAAAGAAUGUUUGCUGCUUACAUAUGUUUACUGUUGGGUGCAGCUGCUAUGGCAUUAAUAGGUAAAUGGGCUUAA